UUUAUCCUUUAUUCCUUUUUGAGUCACAGUGACACAUUUGACGAGAGUGGUGAUCCAAACGCGAGUCGGGUCCACCAAGCGAAGAUCGGACCCGUAUCUGAUUUCAUCCGGCUAAGCAUUUCCCCAAGAGGCAGAUGGAGCAGCUGAAUAAUCAUAACCUCAAUCCUGCCUUUCAAAAAUGAGCGCGAAGCGGACUUCUCGAACAUCAAUCGAAGACUACACUCUCGAUGGUCUUGGCUCCUGUUGACAAUGAGCCAUUUCCUUGAACACCUGCGCCAAGUUGUGCGGCAAGCCAGACGGCAUCCGUCGUCCCAGCGGCCAAGAAAGUCUCCUAUAAACUCAAAGCCUGUGGGAAACACUCGUACGGUCUGGGAGAAGCUUCCCGUGGAUGUUCUAGUGAAGAUCCUGGUACAGUGCGAACUCGAAGAGAUCCAUUCCUUCUCGGCUACAUGCCGCCUCCUACACCAGCGGGUCUAUCACGAUGAGGCUGCCAUCGCGGAAGCCUAUCUCCAGCAUCGGAGGCGAGAGGAUCCAUACCACCUUCAAGGGCAUCGAGAACCCAACGUCGCCAUCGGUGACGACCUCACCUUCAUCUCCGAUCUCUUCCCGCCGCCGCCUCCCCACUACACCCCGAGCGGCACGCUGGAAGAAUCGCCCGACUACUCGUUCGGCUACCUGACCGAUCUCACGCGGUGCUGGCGGACCUGCGUGCGGCUGUCCUUCUACCUUGCCGAAUACCUGGUGCAGCAUUACCUCGAGACCGACCCCACGGCGCGGGAGCUAUGGGCCUCCUCCAAAACAGAGAAGGAGUUCGUCUACAGCAAGGGCGUCGGCGCACUGCAAGCCCGCCUGCUCCCAUCCAUAACCUACCUCGUCUACUUCCUGGAAUCCUGCGCCGACACCACCACCCCGACACACUCCCUCGAGUGCCAGGAACGCAUCCUCCAAGAACCCCCCUUCACCGACCCCGAGAUCCUGCUCUCCACCCACCACACCAUGCACACCCUCAUCCACACCGUCCGCCACCUCAUGGCCCCGGAUAUCCCCUACACCUCCUCCCAAACCUGGGUCAGUCUCCUGCUCACCACCUCCACCCUCGAACGCAUCGUCGAUCUCUUCGUCGCCGUCGCGGCCGAUUCCAGCCAGCAGCAGCAGCAGCAGCAGCAGCAGCAGCUAGAUCCCAGGAAGAAGAAGGAGAAGCAUGAUCGCCACCACCACAGCCACGAACACAACCACCACAACCAAGACCAUGAACAUCCACCUCCCCAACCACAAUCACAACCCCACCAAUUGCCCCACAAAAUCUCCCCAACCACAACGACAACCCACUGGUCCCACCGCAUGGACUUCCUGUGGCACAUGCGCCGCGACUACGGCGACUACCUGGCGGCGCUGGUGGGCGACGGCCAAGACGACCCCCCGGACACCGGCCACUCGGGGAUGGUGCCCCGGCUGCAGGAGAUCUGGUUCGCGGCGGCGGAGCGCGAGAUCCGUGGGCGGGGGCUGGCGGCCCAUGCGGCCGAGGUGGUGGGCGUUCUGCAUGGUGGGGGCCCGCGAUUGGGGUGUGCGGUUUGUUUGUAGGUAAGUCGGUUGGUUCCAGGUUGGGUCGGCUGAUUCUAGGCUGUUCGUGGGGAUGUACUGUAUAUACCUCCAGUGUAGGAGAUGGAGUAUGCUGUGUAUGCUGUGUAUACUAGUAUAUAUCCUCGAUGUUGUGUAUAGCCUAUAUGUACUGUGUAUACUA